AUUCGCCGGGUACAAGAUCGGUUUACCCGACGCCGAAAGAUGGGCGCGGAAGCAUAGCUGGCUGGCCGACGACGAGGACGGCAUAGACGCGCCGAUAGCAAUCGCGCGGGCCUGGGACCGCGCUCGCCUGAACCAUCCUCGUGACCGACUGGCCCAAGGCGCUGCUCAGGCGGAACGCCGACGGCGAAGACGAGUUCGCUCGCCGGGGCACGCCCAUCGUCCUCAUCGCGCGCCAGACGCGGUACGACCCGACUGCGACGUCGUCCACCUGCCAGCCGAUGGAAGAGCGCGAAUCCGACCGCAAGUUCAAGGCCAUACUCGAGAAUGACGGCCUCAGGCUGCAAUGGGUAACCGUCCUCGACGUGUGGUUCCACCUCCCGUCGGACUACGUCCGGCCCAAGCAGACAGCGCCCUCGUCUGUCCCCGGAGCAGCAGCAGCCGCCGCCGCCGCAUCAUCUGCCUGAGAUCCACUGUCGCAGCUUCCACGGCUUAGCAACAACUGCCCGUCGUGUGGACUUUUCUCCUGCGCGCUGCUCGUACCCCCGCACCGAAUUCUCUCUCGUUUGUAUCUUGCCACAGUUCCUGUUCACGUCGAAGUGGGGUGAAGGCACUUACC